GGGCAGGUGGCCGGGCAGUGGGCAGGUGACUGCGGCAGUGGGCACAGAAAAUAGGUACUGAAAAUGGUACACAUCUUUGUAUAGAUAAAUGGCAAUAUUAAGAUGAUGUCUGAUAAGUGUUCCCUCAAGGGAGGGACUUUUGAUCUAAGGAAUUGGAUCUAUCAUCUCCUUGGAACGAACGUGACGGCCUCACAUUGCCCAAGGCUCUGCAUAACCUCUACGGUUAUUUCUUAUUUUUUUUCGAAAUGAAACUGGUGACGGCAUGCAGAAUGGUAACCAGUGGUAAGAAACUAUUCAAUUACGAUAUGAAAUACUGAAAUACUUAGAGAACUAUCUUGACACCGUUUAGUAGUUCAUAACGGGUUCAACCAGUGUGGGCACUUCAGUGAAAGUGCUGGAAAUUAUCCUCUGCCCAGUGAUAUGGGCCGUGAGUAUGACAGUCAUGAGGAGCGAAUCAUGAUGUUGGUGAUAAGCAUUCCUACAGGAAUGUGAGGUGAGGCAGCAGCAUGCAGACAGCAUUAGCGAGGCUGAUGUAUGACCGUCAUCAGCAAGCACAGAGACGUGGCACUCACAGACCUGCUACAUCCACCCUCAAGCACUUCCUCAAAGACCUGUGUCGCCGCCUCAUAGCUUUCCUCUUUACACAGGUGGGCGUGUGUGGGCUGGUCGUGGCCUACAACAUAGUGGGAGCAUUUGCCUUCAGAGCCAUCGAGGGAGAGCUUGGGGACGCUCGGCCUGAGGAAGAAGCUUUCAUCCUGCAGGAAUCCACAGUGGCCCGCCUCUGGAACAUCACUCUCCAGCUCAACAUCCUGGAGGAGGCAAAGUGGAGGAGUGAGGUGGUGGGUGCUCUACGGGAGUACCAGAACACUCUGGUGCCCUUAGUCAAGAAUAAAGGGUAUAGAGGUGUACACCCAAGGCAAGCCUGGUCCUUCAGUGCAGCUCUCAUGUAUUCUCUCAGCGUCUACACCACCAUUGGUUACGGUAAUCUGACACCGAGGACAGAGUGGGGCAAGAUAGCAACACUCAUGUACGCUAUCAUAGGGAUGCCACUGAUGCUGCUGUACAUGUCUAAUGUUGGUGAGAUACUGGCACACUUGUUCAAGUUUAUGUACUUCAGAGCCUGCAGGUGUGAUAUCGGCUCCCUGGGCUACUACCGUUCAGACAGUGGCACUCUCAGACCCAUCAGUCACACUCUUCUACCAGACAGUGGCACUCUCCUACCAGACAGUGACACUCUCCUACCAGACACUGCAGAGUCUUCAAGUGAGGGCAAGCAGCAGCAGCAACAGCAACAGCACCAGCUGCAGCAUGGACAACAACAACAACAACAGCAGCAGCAGCAGCAACAACAGCACCAGCUGCAGCAUGGACAACAACAACAACAGCAGCAGCAGCAGCAACAACAGCACCAGCUGCAGUACCAGAAGAAGAAGGGAAGGAAGCAUGGUCGACGUACCAUUCCCAUCUUCUACUGCCUGUUAGUGAUCGCCCUCUACGUGCUGUGUGGUGGGUUAAUAUUCUCACAGUGGGAACGCUGGACACUGCUCGACGCCUGCUACUUCUCGUACAUUUCACUUAGCACUAUUGGCUUUGGUGACCUGGUUCCUGGGCGGACGGUGGCUGGUCAGAACGAGGACGAGGAGGUAGAGUCUCAGCAAAUUAUAUGUACAGUGUACCUGCUGGUGGGCAGCGCCCUCGUUGCUAUGUGCUUCAACCUAAUGCAGGAAGAAACCAUAGAAAACCUGAAGACAUUCUGGAGAAACCUGGGCUGCAUGAGGAAGAAGGAAAGCCAAAGGGAGGUAAUAAUACGCUUAUCAAGAACUGGGGGUUGAUGAAAAAAAAAAAAAAAAACAAGCCACUGAUGGUGUUUGACGCGUUCCGUAACUACGAAGAGAGAGAGAGAGAAAAAAGAGGCGAUUUUGAAGCAGUCUAAAACUGGAAGUUUAGUGAGUAUUAAUUAGCAAGUACUCAAGAGUCCUUCUAAGUCUUAUAAUUACGUCUGGGAUUUAUUCUGUCCAUCACAACUAAGAAUACUUGUUACUUGUUUCAUAUAUAAUACUGAUUUCAAGAGUUAUGCUGGUUUUUAACCUUUGUUCUGUCUCACUGGUACGAAGUGACGAAUGAUCAAUAGAGUGGCACCACCUUCUUAAACUGCCCAUUAUCAUUGUUCAAUGUCUCAAAAUUUAAAAAAAAUGAAUGUAAUAUGAAGCCCUUAUCUCCUUCAACAAUUUUUUUAACCGUAAGAAGUGUUCUAAGGUUACCUACGUAACCCCAUCAUGGAAUCUCACUUCGGUCCACGUAUAUUAUUAUAAGUAUAUAAGUUGUGGUUUGUUACAAGGGAUGAAGAUAGAUAAAUAGUAUAUUUUGAGGCAGUAAUAACAAGGGCGAAAACUAUUAAUUCUCGCCCAGUAUGCAGGAAAGUUGCAGAACACACUCUAGAACAAAUUGACCGAAACGUUGUCUUAACGAAAGCUUCUGAAACACCUGUUUAUUCACUGUUGUUGACAGUACACUAUUCGAAGCCAUGUGGGAAACAAACUGGACAAUUCGUUCACUUUCACUGAAGUCUCAGGGACGUAAUUAAACAUAGUGAGUUGAGACAAGCACUUAUGUUGACCAGCAGACGCUGGAAUGGCAAUAUGUCUAUUAACACAUAUAAACACAUAUGGUGAAUAUGAGAUGGAUAAAUGGAAAAGAAAAAUGAAAAAGUGGAAGGAAUAUAGUGAGUUAGAAAUAUGUAUGAGAAGAGUGUGAGAGGAGAUUGUGUGGCUGGAGAACAGUUUGGGUGAAGGGAAGUAUUGUGUGGCUGGAGAACAGUUCGGGUGAAGGGAAGUAUUGUGUGGCUGGAGAACAGUUCGGGUGAAGGGAAGUAUGUGGAUGGGUAAGAUGAGUGUAUGAGUGUAGUGUGGGGAAAGAAGAGUAUGUGAAAAAUUGUGUGGGAGAUAAAGUGUAGAAAGUAUGUGGGUGACUGUGUGGGGUGAUUGUAGGGGAGUGUGUGUGUGUGUACUAACCUAUAUGUACUCACGUAUAUGUGGUUGCAGGGGUCGAGUUAUAGGUCCUGGCCCCGCCUCUUCACUGGUCGAUACUAAUUCUCUCUCUCCCUGCUCCAUGAUAUUUGUCAUACCUCUUCUUAAGGCUAUUUAUGGAACUUGCUUCCACUUCGCUCUCCAGAUUGUUCCAGUUCCUAACAUCCCUAUGACUCAUCUGGGUUUUCAGUUAAUAUUGUGUCCCCUUGUUUCUGUGUCCCAUCUCUGAAACAUUCUAUCCUUGUCCACCUUGUCAAUGCCUCUUAGUAUUUUAUACGUUGUUACCAUGUCCCUGCUAUCCCUCUUAUCCUUUAGUGUCAUCAGGCUGAGUUCCCUUAACCUCUCCUCAUAAGACAUACCCCUCAGUUCCGGGACUGAUCGUGUUGCAAAUUUUGCAUUUGUGUGUGUGUGUGUGUGUGUAUGUGUGUGUGUGUGUGUGUGUGUGUGUGUGUGUGUGUGUGUGUGUGUGUGUGUGUGUGUGUGUGUGUGUGUGUGUGUGUGUGUGUGUGUGUGUGUAGAGAAGUGUGGGUAGGUGAAUGUGUUGAUGUUAGGUUAGUCAAGACAGAGGCCCGACACGAGCCUCAGUCAACAACCCCAUGUAUUUCGUGAGUAUGGAGUGUGUAGGAUGCGGUGUAACAGAGGACAGGUGUAGGAUAUAAGGAUACAA